AUUAUUCAGUAUAUCGGGGAAAUCUGCAGGUAUCUCCUGAACCAGCCCGUCCGAGAGGCGGAAGCGCGGCACUGCGUGCGGCUGGCGGGGGGCAACGGCCUGCGACCCACCAUCUGGGAGGAUUUCACCAAGCGUUUCCGCAUUAAGCAGAUCGGGGAGUUCUACGGAGCCACAGAGUGCAACUGCAGCAUCGCCAACCUGGAUGGCAAGGUCGGCGCCUGCGGCUUCAACAGCCGGAUUUUACCCAACGUUUAUCCCAUUCGUUUGGUGAAGGUGAAUGAGGACACGAUGGAGCUGAUCCGCGAUUCUGGCGGGCUCUGCAUCCCCUGCCGCCCUGGGGAGCCGGGGCUGCUGGUGGGGCAGAUCAACCAGCGGGACCCCCUGCGCUACGUCAGCGAGAGCGCCACCAGCAAGAAGAUCGCUCGCAACGUGCUGCGCAAGGGCGACGAGGCUUACCUGUCAGGAGACGUGCUGGUGAUGGACGAGCUGGGUUACAUGUACUUCAGGGACCGCAGCGGCGACACCUUCCGCUGGCGCGGGGAGAACGUCUCCACCACCGAGGUGGAAGGAACCUUGAGCCACGUCCUCAACCAGACGGACGUGGCGGUGUACGGCGUGGAAGUGCCGGGGGUGGAGGGCAAGGCUGGGAUGGCGGCUGUCGCCGACCCCCAGGCCAAGGUGAACCCCAACGUGCUCUACCAGGAGCUGCAGAAGGUGCUGCCGCCCUACGCCCGCCCCGUCUUCCUCCCCCUCCUGCCCCAGGUCGACACCACAGGUACCUUUAAAAUCCAGAAAACCCGCCUGCAGAGGGAAGGGUUCAACCCCCACCAGACCUCGGACCGCUUGUAUUUUCUGGAUCUAAAGCUGGGGAGAUACGUCCCUCUGGACGAACGCCUUUAUGACAGGAUUUGCUCAGGAAAAGCCGCUUUAUGA